UUUUAAUCACCUGCGCAUACCACUGAUACCCAGCCUCCUUGUCUUGUCUGUCCUUCUCGCACAUGCUUUGUUCUUCAGCGAGUAUAAUUCCUGUCCUGAGUACGCUGGAUGUCUGAUUCUUUCCAUUUCGGCCAUGCCCGCCCGGGAAACCAAAGUAUUUGAGUAUCCAAGGCCGGUGUCACCUGUUUCUGCCGACGAGAUCCCAAUCUGCGCCGACACAAUCGUUUACCAUGACCAGGCGAAAGGUGUCCAGAUGGAUGCAGAGCAAAGAGCGGCCAAAAGGCAACGCAUCGAGCGCUGCGCCACAGCCUACCUCCGAGGCGAACCUUUAUCUAUUCUCACGGCUCAACUGAGAGGACCCUUUGAACCCGGUUGGAGGAAUCCUUGGGCGAAAAGGACCAUUGCUAAACCGAGGAAUUCUGGUACAACUCAAGAGAAGCCUACACGACUUACCCGUGCAACAAAGCAAGCGAAAGAUAACUCUGCAGGGUGUAACUUAAGUCCAACAAGAAGGGGAGAAAGACAGGAAAAGAGUCCUGAUGCACUUGUUGGGAAGGCGGAUGGAGGACGUUCUAAGAGAAAUAAGGCGGAAGACUGGUUGACGAGGAACGCAGCACAUCAAAGGCCAGAGAACAGAGAGCAGUCCUUGCUCCCUUCAUCCCCGAGUGAACGCAGGGUCAAGAGGCUGGAAGCUCGAAAACGGAAUGUCGAUCUUCCUGUCCCAGUGGACGCUGGUAACACCAUCGCGAGCAAUUCGGCUUCUCUUUCUUGCAGCACACCGCUUUUGGAACAAUCCCAUAAGUUGAAGAGCGGCCUUCCAUCCCAUCUCAACUCGUCGGCCCCGCAAACUGCUCCGCUAGCACGUAACGGCCACAACUACUCGCUAAGGGAAAAGAACAAAGACAAACAGGUUGGGUUGACGGAUCAUUACGAGGCAGCGAAGGCAUUCCGCACGAACGAAUCCACGGCAGAAUGUGCCAUCCUAAACUUGAAAUGUGGAGCAGAACAUCAUCCCGCAUCCGAUACCGACCCAUUUGCUUCUCAACCUGGCGACCAAGACGAUUCCGAUAUAUUGGAUGUUAUAAUAGUCCUGCCUCAUUCUGAUCCCACAGUGCGGCCGCUUGACAGGGGGAGGGAACAAGGCCUUGAGCCUAAGGAAAUGUUGCCUCCGGGAUUCAACGAUACUUCUGCCAUACUUCCCAACCCGCAAGACGCAUCUCUACCCGACCAUAGUGGGCUUGCGGCUCAGUCUUUGGCGGAGGAAACCACAAAAUCAAGCACCACCACCGACUUGCCAUCCGCUCAAGUACCGCCUUUCCCGGUCCUAGCGUCUCUGCCCUCGAAUCUUUCCAAUCACAGUCAAAUGUUUUACGAAGCCCAGGACCGCUGUACCGCAGAAGCUGCCGAUACGGAGGAUCUGGAGAGACCAGCGAUAGUUGACGUAGCAGCCGCUGGGGGUACGAAAGCUGACGCAAGUGCUGCGCCUGAUCUGGAGCGCCUACUUCCGAUGGAAAGGCAAGAACCAGCGCAGAACAACCGGCUACAAUCUCCAAUCCAUGCUGACGGGAUUGGGACGCCGCAUUCGCCGACUGAUCAUGCAUCAGGUGUACCACGUUCCGCAAAGGAGGAAGCUGGCAGAGGUAAACAAAGGGCAGCCUCUCCGGUCGGCACCACGAAGCCUGGGCGAGCUAAAGCUAAGAGACGGGCUGUGCCUGCGACCGAAGACACCCCAACUGGGCCAUCUCGAGGAACGAUCAAAUCGGCUUUGAAAGUCGCGAAGCCGACUGUUGCGAUCCAAGACAAGAUGGUUCGUUCCAAGUCAGCGAUGCCGGACGGAGAGCAGCAGCAACCUGGCGGAGAUGACGAACAUCGACCAGCCGCAAAAGACUCGGUAUCACCGAAGCUCUCACCGGCCUCCACCCCGAAAAGCAUCCUCAAAUCACGCCUGCAGCGCUCGACGAGAGCACCGCAACACUCCAACAACCGCGGCUCGUCAUCGAACAAGCAGGACGCACAACGACAGCGGUUGCUCGAAUUGGUCGAGAACCAUGACUUUGAUCUGGAUGCUGCCCUGGACGAAAUCAUAUCUGACCUGGGCACAUGGGACGCGGAAAAGGAAGCAAGAUUCGCGGCGGCGGCCGCUGCUACUGCUACGCCCACCGCGCGGCGCUAAGUAGCCAAGGAGGUUUUCUAUAUCACUGGGGAAGAGGGUGUCGGGUGGGUGUAC